CUUUAGUAGUUUGGGUUGGAGCUCCACGUGUUGGCGUUUCCGUCGCCGUACUUUCUCCAUAUUCCCUCGAAUUCUCCCUCCUCGUCUUCUCGACCUUUACGACCAGGAAUCAACGAAGUAUCAUUCUUACAUUACCUACUUAUUAAUAUGGUUCGACAUAAGAAAGACAAUUUCUCCCGCGGAGGCAAGAAAUUUUCCUCCACACCCCGCCCACGCCCGGUACCCCGCGGCGAUGGCGAGUCCUCCGACAGACCUCCCUUUAAAGCAGCUUGUUGGGAUUUAGGACACUGUGAUCCGAAGCGAUGUUCGGGCAAGAGAUUAAUGCAUCUUGGUCUGAUGCGGGACCUGGCUAUUGGACAGAAAUAUCCUGGUGUGGUCGUCUCACCAAAUGCGAAGAAAAUCAUUUCCCCCGCGGACCGCGACAUCCUAGAACAAUAUGGCGCCGCAGUAGUGGAAUGUUCAUGGGUACGGUUGAAGGAAGUCCCUUUCUCACGCAUAGGGGGAAAGUGCGAAAGACUCCUACCUUAUCUCGUUGCGGCAAACACGGUCAACUACGGCCGGCCAUGGCGGCUAAACUGUGUCGAAGCCCUGGCGGCCUGUUUCUGUAUCUGCGGCCACGAAGAUUGGGCUAGAGAGGUUCUUAAGCACUUCAGCUACGGCGAGGCGUUUCUCGAUAUAAACUCGAAGCUCUUAAAGCGAUACGCCGCAUGCGCCACAGAAGAAGACGUCAAACGGACCGAGGAGGAAUGGCUGGCUAAGAUUGAGAAAGAAUACGAAGACAGUCGCGCUGAUGGUAACGGUGAUAUCUGGGCAGUGGGAAACACGAACCGGAGGAUAGAUGAUUCCGAUUCAGAUGACGAUGAUAAGGAUGAUGAUAAAGAGGGUGGCCAGGGCGAAGAAAGCAAUGAAGAAGAGGAACCAGAAGAAGAAAAAGAUCCUUUUGCCAUUUCGGAUGACUCCGAAGAAGAAGAGCAGAUGGCCGAAAUUCGCCGCAAAAUUCUCAACUCCAAGUCUUUCCAGAAUCCUACGCUUCCCGACAAACCAGAACCGGAGAAGAUCACACGUCCAGAUCCAAGACCUAUGGAAGACUCAGACGCCGAGUCCGGCUCUGCGGGUGGUAGUGACGACGAAGCGUUUGACAAUAUCAUCAAUGCAACGCCUGUGACGGAUCGGACAGGCAUCAUUGCUGCGACACGUAAAAAGGGGAACGACACUCUCAGCGCGUCAUUUUCUCGAACAGUUAUUAGUGCUCCAAGGCGGAGCUAGUUGUAUGAGCUGAUCAUAUUCCUGAUAUUUUCGUCGGGACAACCUUCUGGGAGCCGGUGGAAGCAAGAAGCAAUGGCGUAUUGAUGGAAGACAAUCCAUGUAAUGUACAGAUUCACGAUUUGCUUGUGGCCUUGGAUGCUACCAUGCUUAAGAUUUCAAACGUAUGAAGUUGACGAAAUAAAAUUCAUAUAGAAUUUGAAACGUUUUUUUACGAAUUUUUCAUUUUUUCUUUUUGAAUUCCUAGGGCAACGUGCUUGCUUACCUUAAUAGGAAGUUGGGGCUGUCCUGACACCUGACCAACAGUUCCCA